GAAUAGGAAUAUUUAUAGUGUAGAUUACAAAUUAUGUAACAUGUACUUUAAAAACUGAACCCAGACUUCAUUUGGGUUUCUCUAGUUUUCCUACUCAUGUCCUUGCUGUGUCCCCGGACCCCACAUUCCAUGUGGUUGUCGCGUUUCCUCAGUCUCCCUGGGUCUGCGAGAGCUCCUCAGACUUUUUCUGUGUCAUGACUUUAACCGUCCCGAGAAGUACUGGUCACAUAUUUCAUCGACUGUCCCUCAACUUGGGUUUGUCUGGCGUUUUCCCCACGGGUAGCCUGGGGUUCUAGGUUUUCUGGACAGAGAGCAGGGAGGUGCCCUUCUGGUCACGUCACGGCAGGGGUGUGCGCCGUCGCCACGGCUUAGCGCCGCACGCCACCCUGCGUCACUUGGCCGAGGCAGUGUUUACAGCCGUCUCCUCCACGAAGCUGCUUCCUCCCCUUUCCACACUCUGUUGGGAAGCAAGUCACGAAGCGCAGCCUACACUGCAUGGGGGCAGGGGACAGCUAUAGAAAAUACUUGGAAUUCUUCUGUAGGAAAAUGUGUUUCUUCUCCUGGAUUUAUGUAGUCACUCAAUCAUUUAUACCAGUUUGGAUUCAUGGAUAUUUAUUUCAUAAUUUGGGUUUAAUUCAAAAGUGCAUUAUUUAUUUUAUAUAACGCUUAAAUUUUUUAAGCUGUGGCCAUUGGGAGCUCUUUCAAGUAAGCUCUGUGUCCCUUUGACGCCCCCAUCCCUCGGUUUCUUUUUUUUUUUAGCUUGUGGGAUCUUAGUUCCCUGACUAGGGAUCAAACCCAUGUGCCCUGCAGUGGAAGCUCAGAGUCCUAACCACUAGACUGCCAGGGAAUUCCAUCCUUGGGUCUCUUUUGAGCACUUCCUUCCUUUCUGAUAUUAUGAGAUGUUCCACCUCAUCUUUUACUUGUCCUGCUCCAACCCUAGCACCAGCCUUCUCCAGGGAGCCUGGACAACAGAAUCAGAAACCAAGAUCUGGGUGCUGGGUGAGCUUGUUGCUCAUAGGGUCGCCCUUAGAGCAGACAGAGCUAGGAAACACCUGUCUACACACUUAGCUGUGCGCACACACACACCUGCCUUUGUUAACCAGUGGCUGCGUGGGUGCAUGCUAAGUCACUUCACUGUCUGCGACCCUAUGGACUGUAGCCUGCCCAUCUCCUCUGUCCAUGGGAUUCUCUAGGCAAGAACACUGAGUGGGUUUCCGUUUCCUUCUACAUAACCAGUGGUUAUUUGCAUAGAAACUGAGAUCACUUUAUAUGUACACACUUAGUCCUCCCGCUAGCCUUCCUAGAUUGCCUUGUUUUCCUCUUUGUAUCAUCUCAUUUCAUCCCACAACUAUAUGAGUUAAAGACCAUUAUUGAAGCCCUGUGCUGCCUCCUUGGUUCCUGGUGGUUGUAAAACCCCACGGCCUUCAGGCGGUUGAUGAAUCAAUGCGUGAGGUCUUACAGUGGCCACCAGGGACCCAGCAUACAUGAGGCAUUGAGUGAUGAGAGUUUCCCCAACUCAGGACUUGGAAAGGUGAGUUAAGCUGGAACAAGUGACAGACGGUGGGCAGGACAGACCGUGAUUAAUGGUCAGUGCACUGACCCGAUGGCUGGGCUGGAGGAGUCCACAGCAGACACCCCUGGAGCUGGACACGGUCCAUGGCGCUCAACCCCAGGGAGGGGCUGGAAUCAGGCAGAAUGGGGAGAAGCCUGGGGCCAAGGUCAGGCAGCGGCUGACAUGCAGCCCAAGCUCUCUGGCUUGCUAGUCUUUGGGGAACCUGGCCCUGGGCUGCCCGCUCCUGUCUUAGCUCAGCUUCGCUCCCACAGGGCCACAGGCACCGACUCACCUCCUCCUGAGGUGCUUCUGGGCCCUGAUGAAGAUGGGCUUCUCAGAAGGUCGGCUUCAGUGGCCCAAGGUCCUGGGUUCCAGUCCCUGUUCUGCCACUUUCCUGCUGGAUCAUUCUGAGCAAAUCAUUUCAUCCCUGUGGGCCUCAGUGAGCACACAGCACAGGGCUGGGCACAUCACAGGUCCUCUCUCAUUUAUUUAUUUAGGCCACACUGCACAGCUUGUGGGAUCUUAGUUCCCCAUCCAGGGAUCGAACCUAGGUCCCCCUGAAGUGGAAGCCUGGAGUCCCAACCACUGGAUGGCCAGGGAAGUGCCCACAGCUCCUUGAUAAGUGGGAAUGUGUCGCCCCUGUGGAGUCUGCACGACUUUGUGGGGACUUUUCCAUAUACUGUUCAGAGUGCCCCGGAAGAGGGCGCCCUGUAGGAAGUGAAGGGAAGAUGGUUUCCAAGGAAGGCCAUCAGAGCCGGCUCCCAUGUGUAGGCGAGAGGGUGCUCGAGGCAGGUGUGGUCCCAGCGAGUGCCCUGAGAGAGACUGUCCUCAGGUCAGCCCCACACCCUGCUGGCGGUCGGCAGGGCAGACGGGGCCUAGUUUAUUUACUCCAAGGAACUGAGGCAGCUCACAAAACCCAGAGACCUGAAAAGCGCCAGAGGGGGAGUCAGGUGAAGGGAAAAAGCCCACAGUUGGAAAGGAAGAUAAAGCUGCUGCUCACUGGGCCUGAAGAGCUGGCACACCAGCCAGAUGUAGCCACAGCCCUGGCUCCGAGCUCCCUUAGUGGCCGAGAAGAGUGAAAGCCGACCCCAGGCUCCUGACCCAGGUGCCAUCGCUUGCUCCCCAGGGUGAACCCCCUUCCCCGCUUCAAGACCCAGCUGCUCGUCCCUUCCCCGCGUCCCCUAGGCUGAGGUGAGCAAGUUGUGCUCUUUUUCUUUAAAAAAAAAAAAUCUGUCUCGGCAUCUUGGGAAGCAGCUAAGAUUGGGGCUCUUUGUUGCAGAGACAGACAAGCGAAAUGCUUGGUCAGCGCAGAAACGGUGAUGUCUGUGCAUGUCACACAGUACCCAGGCAUCAGGGAUGGUCAGAGAUGUGGGAGACCCACCCCCACCACCACUGCAGGGGCAGGGUGGGCAAGCAGAGGACGUGGCUGGUAAACCCAGACUUCUCAAGCCCUGAUGGGGAAGGAAGGAGCGUCCUGCUGACUCCAGGAGUGGGGAUUUGGGCUCUGGGAACUUAACAUGGAGGUUGUGGGGUGUGAGGGAAAGCUACAGGUGGAGACUUAAGCAGAAAACUUGGCCUUAGCAGUGAGGGAGGUGGUGUGGACCAAUUUCUGCCUCUUUCAGCCUUGUUGGGACAGGGAUCUGGGGCUGAGCUGCUGGGACCUGGUGCACACCGGGUUCAGCACCCUCUGUCCCACACCCCCUCCCUGAUGCCCUUAUUUAGUGUUGGCCCCUGUGUGCAGGAGGGACAGGGGAUAGCUCCUCACAGGAGACCACAAGGGGAAGGUUCAGGGACCACCUGCUGACCUGCAACCCUGGACAGCAGCCCCCUCUCCAGCCUGUUUUCUUCUCUCAGAGACACCAGGUUGAGGCUUCAAGGAUCGUGUAGGUAAUAGCUUAGUGUGGGGCCUGGCACGUAGUAGGCGCUCAAGAAACGGUGUGUGCCUUUGGUGGAUGCGGAGCAGAGCCAGCGCAGUACAGCGACUUGCCCAAGGUCACACAGCCGGGCCGGAUCCGAUCCAGCCGGCGGGUUUGCGAGGAGCCAGCUUGGGGGAGCGAUGUUUGGAGGAGCGGGCGCGGACGUGGGCGGGAAGGGAGUUCUAUUUUGGAGCGGAUGACAGCGCGGAACGCAGGGGGGGCUGGGUCCCUCCCUGGGCUCCCCGAGUCCCAGUCACCUUCCUGCGACCCUUCCCGGGAGGGGCGUCCCGGGCGGGUAGGGGGGAGCGGGAGGGGCGGGCAGGCGGUUACCUCAUCGCCGCCUCCGGGAGGCUCCACUCGCUGCUCACUGCUCGCUAGCGCGGCCGGCUGGGGCGGCGACUCCGGGCGCCGGAGCGAGAGAAGGACGGAGGGACUGAGGCGCCGAGAGGCAGCGCCGCCCCCUUCAUCCUGCUCCGCCGCGGGACCCGCGAGGCGAGGAGGUCCAACCUCGGUGCCCCGUGCUGUCGCCGGCGCCUCCAGUGGCGCUGCGGGGCCGAGGCCGUGUCUGCGCGCGGCGCGCUCGGAGUGGCCGGACCCUAAAGACUGGAGCUUGCAGGACACGGACGCCUUCGUGCUUGUCUACGAUAUCUGCAGCCCGGACAGCUUUGACUAUGUGAAGGCGCUGCGGCAGCGCAUCGCGGAGACCAGGUGGCGCUAGUGGUAAAGAACCUGUCUGCCCAUGCAGAAGAUGUACACCUAAAGGUCAGGGCUGACAGGCACUGCCCUCUCGCAGCUGACUCCAGAGUUCCAACCUGUAAUGAGGGUUCUCAAAUGGAUGUGACGGCCCCAAGGCUGGGUCUCCAAGACGCAGACACAAGUAGCUGGAAGAAAACUUUACUGUCAGGCUCUGCAGGGCCACGGGACCUCAGGAAGGGUCCUUACUGGGCUGGCCCAGCCUCCUCUAAGGCAUUCAAUAACAUUAGUAAUUAAAUAGCAAUGCUCAUCCCCCAAGCGGAAUGUA